AUAAUUUCUACAGCGAAAGAUGGUGUAUAUUUAUCGCUUGGGAAAAUAUUUUCCCUGAAACCUACGCCGACACAGAUUAAGUUACAUAAACAUGAAGCAUUAUUCUAACUGUGGGGAAAAUAUGGUUUCGAAAUGUAGAAAAAGUAGGCUAAUUUUAAGAAGAAUAUUUCCUGAAACUUGACGACAAUUUUCCAAAGAUGGCUUCUCYGUACAUGAAUAGCGGCUCGAGCCGUCAGUUCGCUUAUAAAAGACGAAAUGCUACAGGCAGAAACAAGAAGAAACAUCAAGGAGAAGAAGGAAUUAUGGCACAAAUGAUGUAUUAUAUGUCAGAAUCUAGAUUACGAAGCAAGAUUAGGAAAAUCAACGAGGCAUUGGAAGAGGAUCCAGUUGAUGUCCAAACUCUUAGAAACCUAGCCAUCUCCCAAGAUGGCCUUAUAACCAAUGACUUAAGACGCAGAGUUUGGCCAAAAUUGGUCAAUGUCAAUGUCUUUGAAGUCCCAAAUUCAUCAUCACAAAGUAGAAAAGGUAUUAUAACAAUCCCUGUUCCUAGUAGUGAGGGCCAUUCCACCCCUAUCAAGGAGGCCAUGUCACAACACCUCCUAGAAAAAAAGAUCAAAGGUGCCGACACAUUAAACCCCCCAGAAAUUUAUCUAUCUUUAACUCACCCCCCAGAAAAGAUCAAAAGAUCAAAACUAACAAGAAUAAUUAUGAGAGUAUUAUGUAAAAAUCCAAACUUACAUUAUUAUCAGGGCUAUCAUGAUAUUGCUGUGACGUUAUUACUUGUUGUCGGAGAGGACCUUGGUACUGCUUUACUAGAAAAAAUCUCACUUCAUCAGCUAAGGGAUUAUAUGGAUGCUACAAUGGAAAAAACAACAAAGAUGUUAUCAUUCAUGCAUCCCAUAAUAAAAGAAGCAGAUCCUGAACUAGAAAAGUUUCUGCUGAGGUCAGAGGUUGGUCAAAUGUUUGCCCUUAGCUGGAGUAUCACAUGGUAUGGACAUGUCCUUAAAGACUUUGAUACCAUUGUAAGACUUUAUGAUUUCUUCCUGGCCACACAUCCACUAAUGCCAGUAUACCUGGCAGCAGCCUUGGUGAUUGAGCGCCGUGAAGAGAUAUUGCUUGGUGAAUGCGAGAUGAGCUUUGUGCACCAUCUGUUGUCAAGGAUACCAGAAAACUUCCCUUAUCGAGUGGAAGAAUAUAUAGUCUCGGCAAUUUUCUUAUUUGAUAAAUAUUCACCUGAGAAGCUGGCAAGUGCUGCUGACAAAUACCUUAAAGAAAGCAUGUCUGUUAAAAAACAUUCAAAAUUUCUACAAGACCUUGACCACCAAAGACCUGAUUCUGUCCUUCGUGAAAGACGCGUCAGAAGAGCAAAAGGCUUUGAAACACUUCCUGGUACAAUACCRAAUGCACAGCCGCCAAAUCCUUACGUUAAACUUGCUGUCUGGACUCUUACUGCAUCAUUAGGGACUGUYGCACUUUAUGUUUUAAGCUCGGCAAAAAGAUGGAUAUGAUUAUUAUUUUUAUUUAAUAAGAAGCUAUGAAGAAAUACAGCUCUUGUUGUUAGUUGCCUUUGAUGUACAGUAUACAGUAUGUGAAAUGCUUGGUACAUGGACAAAAAAAUGAAUAACUCAAAAGAAACGAUCAGGAAAAGGAAUGCUUGCCGCACUGUCAGGAUAUACAUGCAUGUAAAUGACCCAACAGUAAGGAGCGGUACAUGUACCCUGUUGAUAUUGUUGGAGAUAACGUUAUAUGUACACAUUACAGUAUACAUAUAAAAAGCUUGGCAAAAAAAAUUGAAGUGAUAUGGAGAUGAAGCAAACAUUACAUGUACAAUACACUCUCAUGGCAUCACUGUGAAUCAGAUACAUGGAAUUUCUGUACAUGUGAAAAGAUUGAAGCAAAGAUUGCAUUAAUUGAACUGAAUUUCUACACACUAUCCGAAAAGAACUUGUUGGAAUAAUGUUAAAAAAUAUAUCUUAUUUCCCAAACUUAUACUUUAA